AUGGCAGAGGAGCUAGUCCAUAUAGAACCAUACCGCAAAUUGUCUGACCGUGUUCAUGCUGUUUUGGGCUUGAAUCCAAGCAAAUUCUCUCUCCAGGGAACGAACGCUUACAUUGUCGGAACUGGAAAAUACCGUAUUCUGAUCGGUAUGGUAGCAUUAUUUGAAAAUGUUGGAGCAAACUAUGGCAUGAUAUACUCAUACGAAACGUUGACAGAUGCUGCUCAAGGCAUCCCAGAAUUCCUACCUCUCUUCCGCGAGUCUCUAGUCAAGGCUGGCGCAGAAGGCAUCUCCGAUAUCAUCAUCACUCACAGACAUCAUGAUCACACUGAAGGAAUCCCUCAGGUUUUAGAAGCCAUAGGAACGACAUUACCAGAUGGAUCUCCAGUUAGGAUAUGGAAGAGAUUAACCAGUCAAGAUGCCACACCACCCCCAUAUGCCUAUACCGAUAUCGCAGACAAGCAAGUUUGGAAAACUGAGGGAGCUACCCUUACUGGUUAUUAUACUCCUGGCCACAGUGACGACCACUUCACCUUAAUCCUCGACGAAGAAAACGCUUGUUUCACUGGCGACAAUGUGCUAGGCCAAGGCACGACCGUAUUCGAACAAUUAGGAACAUAUCUAGCAUCAUUACGCAAAACCGCAGAUUUGAAACCAGCUCGAUUGUAUCCUGCACAUGGUCCCAUUAUCGAGCAAGGAACAGCCAAAAUCGAAGAAUAUAUCCAUCAUCGCCAAGAACGUGAGAAUCAAAUCGUCGAGUUGCUUCAAAAGACUCAUGAUUUGGCACCUGCUACCGAGUAUGUUGGGUGGACGAGCAUGGGGUUGGUCAAGGUUAUUUAUGCAAAGUAUCCAGUUGCGUUGCAUUUGCCUGCUGAGAGAAGUCUGCUACAACACAUGGACAAACUCGUUGACGAAGGUCGAGUGACCAAAAGCACAAAGGACAAUGAAACCCUCUUCACACUAGUCAAAGCCUAA